AUGGAGGGUCCUUUACGCCCAUUCACCGACCCGGUCAGUAAGGCCUCAGACAGGGCAUUCCCGCUGGACGAUAAAGAACUCGACUCUCUUUCUGACGAAUCUCUCGCUGACCUCCUCAAGUCAGCUCCAAUCCUUUAUGAUCUCGGCCAAACGACGGUAGUGCGACUGUCCAAGAACCUCGUCUUAAAAGGCGGCGGCAAUGUGCUACCUUGUGAGGCAAAGGUACUUCAACUGGUUGCAUCAAGGUCCAAUAUUCGAGCUCCUCGUGUUCAUCUGUCACUCCUAUUCACAGACGACACGAAAUACUUUGGCACUAUGGGGUACAUUGUGAUGGAUUAUAUCGACGGUGAGCCGAUUGAUGGCUGCUGGGGCGAUCUCAGUGAUGAACAAAAAUUGGACGUCGCGAAACAGACUGCCCAGAUUAUCCUCGAAAUGCAGUCCAUAAAUCUGUUAGAGCCAGGUCCGAUCGGCGGGGGACCAUGUCGCGGUCGUUUCUUUACGCACUACAGUGCCGGUCCUUUCAAGGAUGUGUCCGAAUUUGAGGGCUGGUUCAACCACAAGUUGGACAUCUGUAAAAGAUACAAUCAUGCGCCACAAGACCUUCCCCCGUUCAAGUUCACCCAGUUUGCUCUCACGCAUCAGGACAUCAGUCCGCGAAACCUUAUUCUGGACCGAACUGGCCAUGUAUGGCUCGUGGACUGGGCAGAUGCUGGCUCUUAUCCCCCCGCUUUUGAGACGGCAGCUCUAUGGUCUCAGUCGCAAUUCGUCGACUUUAAUGACAUGGUGCUUUCAUUGCUCCCGCGAUACCCUUUGGAAGAACAGCAAUUAGACUCCAUUGGAUAUGGACUCUCAAUAGCUGCACUAGCUUAA